AAAACUUCCGGUACCGUACGUAUCGGAGUGUGACCGAUAGUACUAAUAGUAUUACUUCUUCUACAUACGUACGUAGGUACCGCUUACCAUACCGUACACUGGAACUUUCUUCGCAAUAUUUUUAGGUUUGAUUGCAUUGUAUUGUAUUUUCAACAAACAGUUCGAGUGCAAGUACGAUACAGUACUGAAUAGUACAAGCAGUACGGUAGGGCGGUACAAGGAGCUCGAAACAAGAUUUUUUAAUUGUAUUCGUCAAUGUAAAGAAGUUAAGCAUAUCACCAAAAUAAUACCGGUAACAUAAACAUUGAUUUCAAACUGCAAGCAUGUUCAGCGUCAGCCGAUCCACUAUCAGUGCCGUUGUGAAAGGACAAAGUGCCAUAUCGAAGAGAUUUGCAUCCUCUCUCGGUAGUUCUGUAUCUACAUUAAAAGGAGAGCAUUUUGUUUCGAUCGAUCAACUUAGGUGAGGACGCGAUAGGCGAUUCUGCAUUUUGUCGUAAAUCGAAUCCCUCCGCUUUGUCUAACUAUACCUGUACUGUGUGAACUUAUGCGAUUCACUUGGUUUUUGCAGCAACGAUGAACUGAAGGGUUUGUUGGAUGUGUCUCAUCAUUAUAAGGAAGUCUAUUCCGACAAGUCGAAGUCGCUCCCCAAACCUUUGGAUGGACAUUCGCUCAGCAUGAUAUUUCAAAAACGAUCUACCCGAACCCGUGUUUCGACAGAAACAGGAAUGGCAAUGCUUGGCGGACAUGCUUUAUUUUUGGGACCCUCUGAUAUUCAACUAGGAGUAAACGAGUCCAUGAGAGAUACAGCAUCUGUCUUGAGUCGAUUCAAUGACUUGAUCUUGGCUCGAGUUUAUGCUCACGACGAUAUCACGGAACUUGCGAAAUAUUCCGAUGUUCCCAUUAUCAAUGCCCUGAGUGACUUGCAUCACCCUCUUCAAACUCUUGCAGAUUUGAUGGCGCUCCAACAACAUUUCGGGAAAGACUUGUCGGGGAAAACAGUUGCCUGGGUUGGUGAUGGAAAUAACGUGCUCCAUGAUCUCAUGCUGGGGUCUCUCAAAAUGGGAAUGAAUGUACAAAUUGCGACACCGACAGGAUACGAACCUGAUGCUGACAUUAUGGCGAAGAGUAAGGUAUUGGCAGAAGAGAAUGGUGCUAGCCUCACAACAACAACUGUAGCAGACGAAGCUGUCAAUGGAGCUGAUGUGGUGGUCACAGAUACGUGGGUUAGCAUGGGACAGGAGGAUGAAUAUGAAAAACGUGUAAAGGAAUUCGACGGGUACCAAGUGAACACAGAACUAAUGGGCAAGGCCAACGACGGCGCCGUAUUUUUGCACUGCCUCCCUCGUCAUGUUGAGGAAGUGACUGAUGAAGUCAUCUACAGUGAUGCCUCUCUUGUCUUUCCUGAAGCCGAGAAUCGUAUGUGGACAGUGAUGGCAGUAAUGGCAGCACAACUAGGAAAAGUAGAAUAGGGAUGAAAAGAUAUUUCAGCUUAUUAGCAAAGUUUCUUCAACGAUACAUUAAACAUGUCGAAGGAUACCAAAUAUUUUCAUCACAACGUUGGGAUUGAUUAGCAAAAAAUUGCAUCGGUAGUACAGGUUCUACAAUUCGUUAUCGUGAACACUAUUUAGAUUCGGGGAUGCAAUUUGCAUAGGAAAAGAAUUGAAUAGUGCCAAAGGCAGUAUGAGUGGUUUACACCGACUAACCUGUCAAGGAUGUUGUCUGACUGGAGGCAGCCACUGCUGUAGUAGCACCUUAAGAGUAGAAAAUGAAGAACAAAUUCUGCUGACAUUCAAUUUGAGACAUGAAAUAGAUAUGAGUAGCACUA